UUGUCUACGGUCUCCUCUCCUCAAUCUUUUCUUCUUCUUCCUCCAAAUAUCGGCUCUAACAGUAGCAAAACCUAAUAAAAUAUGUAAAAUUGAAAUCGAAACAGAGCAGAAAAGAAAGAAAAAAUAUUUUCUUUUUUUUUUUUUUAAUUAUAAGCGUAAUUUAAUUUAUUAUUAUUAAUAUUAUUGAUCAAUGGGGGACGCGUUCUGCUCGGAUUGCAAGCGACAGACGGAGGUGGUGUUUGACCACUCGGCAGGGGACACGGUGUGUUCGGAGUGUGGAUUGGUGCUCGAAUCGCACUCGAUCGAUGAGACCUCCGAGUGGAGAACUUUCGCUAAUGAGUCCGGCGAUAAUGAUCCCGUCCGUGUCGGUGGCCCCACCAAUCCUCUCUUGGCCGACGGUGGUCUUUCCACUGUUAUAGCUAAGCCAAACGGCGGUUCUGGCGAGUUCCUUUCCUCUUCCUUGGGUCGCUGGCAGAAUAGAGGUUCCAAUCCGGAUCGGGGUUUGAUUUUGGCUUUUAAAACUAUAGCUACCAUGUCUGAUAGGUUGGGCCUUGUUGCAACUAUAAAGGACCGGGCUAAUGAGAUCUAUAAACGGGUGGAAGAUCAAAAGUCAAGUAGAGGAAGAAAUCAGGACGCCUUAUUGGCUGCUUGCCUCUACAUUGCUUGUCGACAAGAAGACAAGCCACGAACUGUAAAGGAAAUUUGCUCUGUCGCCAAUGGAGCUACAAAGAAGGAAAUUGGCCGAGCAAAAGAAUACAUAGUGAAACAACUGGGGUUGGAGACAGGUCAGUCAGUGGAGAUGGGAACUAUUCAUGCUGGGGAUUUUAUGAGGCGUUUUUGUUCAAAUCUUGGUAUGAAUAAUCAAGCAGUGAAAGCUGCCCAAGAAGCUGUGCAGAAGUCGGAAGAGUUUGACAUAAGGAGGAGUCCUAUAUCAAUUGCAGCAGCAGUCAUUUAUAUCAUAACUCAGCUUUCAGAAGAGAAGAAGCCUAGUCUCAAAGAUAUUUCAGGUGCCACAGGAGUUGCUGAAGGAACAAUCAGAAAUUCCUACAAGGACCUCUAUCCUCACGUGUUGAAGAUAAUACCAAGUUGGUUUGCCAAAGAAGAGGAUCUUAAGAAUCUUUGCAGUCCUUGAAUUAUAAAGCAGACAAUAAUGGGAAUCCUUAGACGUUUAAAACCGGUAUUUGGAGCCUUCUAUCGAUGUAUUAGGAAAACUUAUAAGGCCUUUUGUUUUCAUUUUUCUUUGGCAGUCAGCUACACAUUUUGUUCGGACUGUGGGAAAACAAAGUAUUUCAGCCAUUCAAUUCUAACCCAUGUUUGAAGGAGCAGCAACAUCCAACUUAUCAGUGGAUAUUGACGUGUAUUAUGCAAUCAAAGCCCACUUUUGAAUCAUUUCAUUUGGCUAAGGAAUCAUCUCAACCAUCACAUGAAAUUUGGAUUUGGAAGCCUACUUUGGGUUUGGCUAGUUCUGCUAUCAACUGAUAUUACCUGUUGAGUACUAUAAAAUUGCUAAGGUUAUACUAUGUGAGGAUAAGCCACUUAGGUGGAACUUACCUUUGAAAUUGGCUUGCAUGCUUAGGCACUUUUUAAUCUCUCACCAAGGUUAUUCUUGGUUAAUUUGGGAUUGUAACAAUAUCCCAAGCUUGGAGAUCAAUAUUCUUAUUGGUCACGGUCAUGUUGGUUACAAUUAGCAUUCCUGUUUUUAUAUAUUGUGUCUAAGUCACCAUUCUGUGAGCCACCAAUUUUUAUUUAAUUUGAAAUUGUUGAUCAUUGUGUGGUA